GUGCACACAGACCAGCGACAGGCCGUGCGCGCGCUCUGCUGUCCCUUCACGUGUCCUGCGUCUUCUCAACACUCUGCUGCUCACAGCGGGAUGGCCGAGCCCAGCGGGAUCCUGAUCAAAGGGGGUAAAGUUGUGAACGAGGACUACUCCGCGAUCAGCGACGUCUACAUCGAACAUGGGAAGAUCGUGGAUGUCGGACUGGACCUCCAGGUCCCGGAGGGGGUGCGAGUCAUCGAUGCCACCGACAAGCUAGUGAUUCCGGGCGGCAUCGACACGCACACACACAUGGAGCUGGCGUUCAUGGGCACUCAGGCGGUGGAUGACUUCCACAUCGGAACAAAGGCCGCCCUAGCCGGAGGGACAACCAUGAUCCUGGACUUUGUGAUCCCCCAAAAGGGAAAAUCUCUCCUGGAGGCGUACGACUGCUGGCGGAAGAAAGCCGACCCCAAAGUGUGCUGCGACUACUCGCUGCACGUCGCCGUCACGUGGUGGAGCGACGAGGUCAAAAAAGAAAUGCAGACGCUCACCAAAGAGAAGGGAGUCAAUUCUUUUAAGAUGUUUAUGGCCUACAAGGACGUGUUCAUGCUGCAGGACUCUGAGCUGUACGCUGCCUUCUCUCACUGCAAGGAGACCGGAGCCAUCGCCCAGGUGCACGCCGAGAACGGGGACCUGAUCGCAGAGGGGGCCAAGAAGAUGCUGUCUCUGGGCAUCACAGGGCCGGAGGGCCACGCGCUGUGCCGGCCAGAGGAGGUGGAGGCCGAGGCCACGCAGCGAGCCAUCACCAUCGCCCACGCCGUCAACUGCCCGCUGUACGUGGUCCACGUCAUGAGCAAGUCUGCUGCCAAGGUGGUGUCCAAUGCCCGCAGAGACGGGCGUGUGGUGUUCGGGGAGCCCAUCGCAGCCGGACUGGGAACCGACGGCACGCACUGCUGGCACAAAGACUGGGCCCAUGCAGCCGGCUUUGUCAUGGGUCCCCCCCUCAGACCGGACCCCAGCACCCCUGGGUACCUCAUGGACCUCCUGGCCAAUGAUGAUCUCAGCGUGACGGGGACGGACAACUGCACCUUCUCCGUGUGCCAGAAGGCUCUCGGCAAAGACGACUUCACCAAGAUCCCCAACGGAGUGAACGGAGUGGAGGACCGGAUGUCUGUGAUCUGGGAGAAAGGAGUGCACAGCGGAAAAAUGGACGAGAAUCGGUUUGUAACCGUCACCAGCACCAACGCAGCAAAGAUCUUCAACUUCUACCCGCAGAAAGGCCGAAUCGCCAAGAAUUCGGACGCCGACGUGGUCAUAUGGGACCCAAAGAUGACACGGAGGAUAUCAGCCCAGACCCACCACCAGGCCGUGGACUACAACAUCUUCGAGGGCAUGGAGUGCCACGGUGUCCCCGUCGUCACCAUCUCCAGAGGAAAAGUGGUCUAUGAGGACGGGCAGCUCAAGGUGUCAGCAGGACACGGCAGAUUCAUCCAUAGGAAGCCCUUCUCUGAAUUUGUUUACAAAAGAAUCAGGCAAAGGGAUAAGGUGGAGAAACCUACAGCUGUCAUCAGAAAGCCCUACCAAGGCAAAGUCAUUUCUGUAUGAGCAACUGGCCCAGAAUAUGAAAGUCAUAGAUACAUUAUUCAGCUAUUGGCCUUCAGUGUGCAGUAAAGGUGGCGGUCAUCAACAUUAAGGUCAAUGUUCUGCUAUGUCUGUGUGAGGAUUAGAGCUUGGUGGACACUCUGCUGCUGUGUAUGUGCUCUAACUCACAUUAACAUACAUACAUUAUGCAAUCAACUCACUGCGAGGAAUGAAAAUAGGGCGUAUGCUUGAUUUCAUGGUUUAAAAAUGUGGUUUGAUUUUGAAAAGAGGAUCUUUCAUCAUUUUAAAGUUUGUGCAUACUUUUGGUAUAAAAUAAUUACACCAAA